CUACAAGCUAUGACUAGUGUCUUUGUCGCCUGAUGGUACAGGCUAUGAGCCCUUCUGUCCUGUAUUUGACCGCGUAGCGCGUCCUGUGCUCCUCACCAUGGCCGGCAUCAAUCUUUUAGAGACAUACGAGGACUCGAUCUACGAGUUUUCCAUGGCCCUCUGGAGAACGGUGCUCAAUAUUUUCUUCCGAGAGAUUCGUCCGCGAGGUGCAUUCCACAUUCCCCGCGAGGGGCCCGUCAUCUUCGUGGCUGCUCCGCAUAACAAUCAAUUCGUCGAUCUUCUGUUGGCCUUGGAAGUAUAUCGAGAAACGCGGAGGAAAGUCCGGUUUCUGGUUGCGGCAAAGAGCAUGAAACACAAAGUUAUUGGUCUCUUCGCUAGACUUCAGGGCAGCAUACCGGUCGUUCGAGCUGCAGAUGAGGCGAGACCCGGCACUGGUCGAGUAUCCAUCUCGGAAGUGGAUCCUUGCAUAGUCAUCGGCGAUGGUACCCACUUCCUAUCAGAGUUCCAACCCAAAAUGCAGAUAGUGCUCCCUAAAUCACUUCAUUCCCCAAUCGCUGAGGUCGUCGAGGUGAUGUCCGACACUCAAUUGCGGAUCAAGAAGGAAUUCGGAGGGGACAGCGGGAAGGGUACGGCUAGGAUCAGGGAAAAGCUGCAGGAGCUGCGCUUGCAGGGGAAGGAAGGGCUUGAGUUCAAGCGGGUCCCGCACCUUGAUCAGCAGGAGAUGUACCAUUACGUCUACCAAUGCCUCACCGAAGGAGGGAGCAUUGCUAUAUUCCCUGAAGGAGGUAGCCAUGACCGCACAGACCUGCUUCCUCUCAAAGCAGGCGUCGCACUCAUGGCCCUGGGAGCCAUGGCAAACGAUCCAAGUGUCAAGGUCCAGAUUGUGCCAGUCGCGUUCGACGUGCCUCAGGACCUGGUGGACAUGUACAAGCAAGGAGGCGCGCAGAAGCGGCAGGCCGUGGGCAAACUGUUGGAUUGCAUCUACGAUGCACUGAAGAUCGUGACGAUGCGCGCACCGGACUAUGAUACACUUAUGUUGUGUCAGGCAGCACGACGUCUGUAUGAGACACCCGGACAACACCUUACUCUCGGACAAGUGGUAGAGCUCAAUCGCCGCUUCCUCGAGGGCUACUUGCACUUCAAGGACGAACCCAAGGUGCAGAAGCUGCGCACUGAUGUUCUCAAGUACAAUCGCAUGGUCAGGGAUCUUGGCCUGCGAGAUCAUCAGGUUCCUCGCGCCCAGAAAGCGAGCUGGAAGAUACUGGGCCCUCUGGUGUACCGCCUCGCGCUCCUCAUAGUAUGGUCAGUUCUAGCGCUGCCAGGCGUCAUCCUCAACGCGCCCAUCUUCCUGACUGCAUUGGCCAUCUCGCGACGGAAGGCCAGGGAGGCCCUCGCUGCGUCCUCCGUCAAGAUUGCCGCACGCGACGUCAUGGCGACGUGGAAGAUACUGAUCUCGCUCGGCAUGACGCCCCUGCUCUACGGCUUCUACGCAUUUAUUGCGGAAGUGAUCAUGUUCAGAGCUAAUGCUCCUUUGGUGUGGAAGAUCUGGACUCCACCGCUGGUCAUGAUUAUCCUGCCCAUGGUGGCCUAUGCUGCGCUCAAGUUUGGCGAAGCGGGGGUGGACGUUUUCAAGUCCCUGCCCCCACUCAUAAUCGCGCUGGUUCCCGGCCAGUCACGCUCGCUGGAUCGCCUCAAAAGCAUGCGGAUUAAGGUGUCCAACGAACUCGCGGAGAUCGUGAGUCAGUUUGGUCCGAAGCUGUACGACGACUUCGACGCACGUCGGAUUCUCAUCCCGUCCGCAAGCGCACCACCGUCCACCGGCCAGCCGGGCAUCUGGAGACGGAAGAGCAGCACAGGUGGAGUAGACAGUCAGGGAAACCUGCUCGUCCAUCCGAUGACCUGGCUCGACGAACGUCUCUUUGGGUGGAGCAGAAGCGCGUGGUCCGGAUCCGGCUCGCGCAGCCAGACGGCGAGCAGCGCGGUCACGCCGGAGGGUUCCGACGUAGAGGAGGAGGGCGACUACGACGACGUGCUCGGGUUCCUGGAGCAGACGGCGCACCCGCAGCCGCGGAGGGAGCGGAGCUCGUACUCUGACUUGCAGAAGGUGCGGAAGGACGCGGUAUCCCCUGGAGACGAGGCGGGAUUCACUGGGACGGAGAUGGUGUUUGACAGGGAGGGGAUGCAGAUGCGCAUGAGGACGUGCACGUCGACGGUGGAGAGCUAGGACGAUGUUGCGUCCAGGAUCGUUGUGAUCAAAUUGUGCAUCGUUGAGAUGCCUUUUGCAAGCUUUUGCACUCGAAGGCCUUCCGCGCAUGCGAAUUUUUGCUUCGCCAACGUAGUACAGACAAAUAGUUUACACACUGCUGGCC